AUGCAGCGGGCGGGCAGGCACGGCCGGCAGCCCCCCGAGGGCGGCCCCAUGGAGAACGGCGUGGGGCAGGAGCCGGGGACCCCCGAGCCGCCCGGCCCCGCCGCCCCCCGGGCCCCCCGCAGCCGGCCCCGGCUGGUGUUCCACACGCAGCUGGCCCACGGCAGCCCCACGGGGCGCAUCGAGGGCUUCACCAACGUCAAGGAGCUCUACGCCAAAAUCGCCGAGGUCUUUGACAUCUCGCCCACCGAGAUCCUCUUCUGCACCCUCAACACGCACAAAGUGGACAUGCAGAAGCUGCUGGGGGGACAGAUUGGCCUGGAGGAUUUCAUCUUCGCCCACGUCCGGGGCGAGACCAAGGAGGUGGAGGUGACCAAGACAGAGGACGCGCUUGGCCUCACCAUCACAGACAACGGGGCUGGCUACGCCUUCAUCAAGAGGAUCAAGGAGGGGAGCAUCAUCAACCGGCUGCAGACAGUGUGUGUGGGGGACAGCAUCGAGGCCAUCAAUGACCACACCAUCGUGGGCUGCCGGCACUAUGAGGUGGCCCGGAUGCUGCGGGAGCUGCCGCGGGCUCAGCCCUUCACCCUCCGCCUGGUCCAGCCAAAAAAGGCCUUUGACAUGAUCGGGCAGCGGACGCGGACAGGCAAAUCCCCGGGCGAAGGCAGAGCGGCCAGCGGGAAGGAAACGCUGCGGCUGCGGACGCAGGGUCCGGCCGUGCUGGAGGAGGGGCCCAGCCCCCCCGAGGAAGAAGCGGCCCGGCGGGUGGAUGAUCUGCUGGAGAGCUACAUGGGCAUCCGUGACAGCGAGCUGGCCUCGACGAUGGUGGAGGCAGCCAAGGGCAGCCCUAGCGUGGCCCAGCUUGCCCAGGGGCUGGACUCGGUGCUGGGCGAGUUCGCCUUCCCCCAGGAGUUCGUGGCCGAGGUGUGGGCAGCUGUCUGCCAUGCCAAGGGGGAUAAGGAGUAG